AUGAACGAACAGGAGCUUGCUGAUGUUGAGGCGUUUGUCCAACAUGUGACGAGGAUGAAAAUUGAGACUAAGGUUGAGGUUGUUGAUGAGAAUGAGAUUGUUGAGGGUGACGUUGGAACUCUGGUGAUAAAAUUGGAUCGCGAGAAUCUGCAGAAGGGCGAGGCGGCUGGACCAGUGCAUGCACCGUAUUAUCCUAGAGCUAAAUUCGAGGAGUGGUGGAUUUUCUUGUAA